UCCACUAAAUUAAUAGGGGUUGGUGUUUAAGGAUCGUUACAACUACUACCUGCAAAACCCACAUUUCACCCAAAUCCCUCCACUCGAAACUGCAUCUUCAUCUUCUCCAAAAUAUCUUCAACAAUCGAUCACAUUCAACAAUUAUUCAACAAAUUCAUGCUCUGAUGUUGCAAUAAUCUUCACAACGAUCAUCAGGAUGCAUGCUGGUUAGUUUUUAUGCCCAGGGCCGACCCAAGGGUUUGAAGCGUUCAAAGUUGAAAUCUGGAGAGAAGAUAUUUGAUCUUGGUGACACAAAUCAAUGCGAAAAGGAGGUCGUGCCCAUAGUUGACAACUAGAAAGAUUAGUUGAGUGUACUGCUCUGAAGAGGGCAAUUGAAAUUGUAUAUGCUGCAACUCUGCCCAAAGCAUCAAAGCCUUUCGUAUAUAUGUCAAUUAUCUUACCUCCUGAACACGUUGAUGUUAAUGUGCAUCCCACAAAGAGAGAGGUGAGCCUUUUGAACCAGGAGGUCAUUGUUGAGAAAAUACAGUCAACAAUAGACUCGAAGCUAAGAAAUUUCAACGACUCGAGCACGUAUCAAGAACAUGUAGCAGUGGAUAGCUCUCCAUCCAGUAAAGUAGCUGCAACCAAAGCUUCUCCUAUAAACAUAUCAAAUCCCGAGUUUCGACAAUUCAACCAACCUAGGAUUUGCUGUGCUAAAGAACUUAGACGUCCAAACUACAGAAAGCUCAUACUGGAUUGGUGCUGGUGCUCUUCUUGGUUUUAUUUUUCUCUUCAACAUCCUCUUCAUUGUGGCUCUCAUGUAUGUAGAAGUAACCAGCCUUUGGAAAACCAAAGUUGCAGCCAUGGAUGGUCAUUUUACUACUUAAGGUGCCAGUUCAAGCCUGUUUAUGCAGAUUCGGAUUCAAAAGAAACAAUUGACAGUGACCCACAUGAAAGGUAUACCGUCUGCACUUAGUUCAGUUGGCUGGUGAUGGGAUUGGGGAUGACGUUGGCAUGCGUUAGCAAAAGUUUGGUCUAUGUGUUAUCCAAUAAGAUAGGAAGGCGUGCGAGAGUUUAUGCGUUUUUCCUCUUUCUGUUUCAUGUUUUUUUCUUGGAAGACAUCUUUUUUCACUUCUUUUUGGCCGACAAGUUUUACCAAGGAAACAACUUAUGGUCCAUGGUUUAAUAAAGUUUAAGCACGCCCCUUUGUAGGCGUAUUGUCUUA